GGGAGCACGCCGCCGCUGCCGUGGAAACGCCAUACAUGCAGCUGGCAGCUCGGAGCGGCCAGGCGCCCACAGCUCCUCACUUCAAAGGCUUCCGCUGCUCUUCCUCUUCCUCCUCCUCCUCCUCCUCCUCCUCCUCCUCUUCUCUCCAUCCAUCCCUCCUCCAUCCCUCCUCCAGCCUCCUGCAGCUCCGCCAACAUGGAAGCCCGGGAAUGAGCCGCGGCGCAGGAGAGCAGCGGAGCAGCGGAGCAGCCAGAAUAAAGAGGAGCGGCGGCGCAGCAGCAGCAGCGGAGCCGGGAGGGAAGCGCCGAGGCUCGGCCGCGCAGGCGUAGAGCAACAUGCCGCUGGUGAAGAGGAACAUCGAGCCCCGGCACCUGUGCCGCGGCGCCGUGCCGGACGGGGUGACCAGCGAGCUGGAGUGUGUGACCAACAGCACGCUGGCCGCCAUCAUCAAGCAGCUGGGCAGCCUCAGUCGUCAUGCGGAGGACAUUUUCGGAGAGCUGUUCAACGAGGCCAACAGCUUCUACCUGAGGAUGAGCAGCCUGCAGGAGCGAGUCGACCUGCUGGCCGUUAAAGUCACACAGCUGGACUCCACUGUGGAGGAAGUCUCCCUGCAGGACAUCAACAUGAGGAAGGCCUUCAAGAGCAGCACCAUCCAGGACCAGCAGGUGGUGUCGAGGACCUCGGUCCCCAACCCCGUGGUGGAGAUGUACCACCGCUGCGACAAGCCGCCGCCGCUCAACAUACUCAGCCCCUACAGAGACGACAAGAAGGACGCGCUGAAGUUCUACACCGACCCGUCGUACUUCUUCAACCUGUGGAAGGAGAAGAUGCUGCAGGCCACCGAGGACAAACGCAAGGAGAAGAGACGGCAGAAGAGCUGUCCGGCCCACCCCGACAGGCCUCACUCCAGACAGGCCCCACCCAGGAGCCCCCUUUCCAUCUCCGAACAGCAGAAGCAGAUCGAGGAUCCGGGUCGGGAGGUGAAGAAGGUGCGCAAAGCUCGGAACCGCCGGCAGGAGUGGAACGUCCUGGCCUACGACAAGGAGUUCAGACCGGACGCCCGCCUCACCCCGUCUCCCUACCACGGCAUGUCCUCCGAGGGCUCGCUGUCCCCGGAUAACAGGUCGGUGGCGUCCGACUCGUACCCGGCCAGUCCCAACCACCCGGCCGCCCAGGUGUCUGCCGCCGCCCACCCCGUCGACGCCCACGCCAGGGAGCACCUGAGCGCCGCCGCCCAGACCCAGUCUCUGGACCGGGGCCUCCGGCCGGCCAACCAGCCGCCGGGCCCGGGGCCGGCCGGGGCCGGCGGGCGACACGUGGCCUCCCUGGGCCGGGCCCCGUCGGGACACGGGCCGCAGGCGGGCGGAGACCCGACGGUCAACGGGCCGAGGCAGCAGUCGGUGAAGGAGUACCGGGCCGGACACGCCGGCCAGCCCUCCACCAUCCCAGAAUACUACAUCCCCCCCGCCCCUCCCCCUCCUCCCCCCACCAUCCCCUCUGCCCAGACCGCCUUCGACUCCACCUCAGGCCCCGCCUCCUCGGCCGCCGCCGCCGCCGCCUCCGGCUCCGCCGUCCCCCCCGCCUCCUCCGCCCUGUCCCGCCCCUACUCCCCCUCCCCCCCUCCUCCCCCGGCCAACUACGUGCCCUCUCCCUCCCACCCGCCCUCCGGCGCUCCCCCCGCCGCUCCUCCCCCUCCUCCCCCCGGCGCCCCUCCCCCCGGGCAUCAGGCCCACCCCUCCCCGGCGCACGCCGCCGCCGUCGGCCAGGCGGCCGUGGACGCCGCGCCCCCGGCCAGGAAGUCCACCAUGCUGGGGAUGAUCCCGAUGAGCGACGCCCGCUCCGACCUGCUGGCCGCCAUACGCAGAGGUAUCCAGCUGAGGAAGGUGCAGGAGCAGCGGGAGCAGGAGGCCAAGAGGGAGCCCGUGGGCAACGACGUGGCCACCAUCCUGUCGCGCCGCAUCGCCGUGGAGUACAGCGAGUCCGACGACGACUCGGAGCUGGACGAGAACGAGUGGUCCGACUGAAGAGAAGGAGAGAGAGAGAGAGAGAGAGAGAGAGAGAGAGAGAGAGAGACGAGGGGCGGAGGAUAAUUUGGUGGGCCGGGUGGUGGUGUGACACGGGACGGGAGGGGCAGGACUGACGCUCGGCACGAAGCUGAAGGGGGUUGAGUUUGUUUUUGACAUCAGCCAUUCACACUUUAGUCGAGAGAGAAUGGAAGCAGUUAGGCAUGCAUACACACACACACACACACACACACACACACACACACACACACACAGAUUAUUCAUAGCUCCUGUGCGACAGACGCUCAAAGCAUCAUGCACCUCUAUAGCAACAGGUGGGUAAUUUCAGCUUGCUCGGUUGCCCCUGGCAACGCUUAUUCUAGAGCCCACACCCUUGAGGUGUGUGUGUGCAACCACCCAGGAGGGUACAGCGCAGUAAACACACACAGAAAAAGCACACACACACACACACACACACACACACACACACACACUGCUCAUUUCGACGCCGCGCCCCCGCCCGCUCAUUUCCAAACAAUAACGCUCAGCAGCGUGAAACAAACGCGCCCGCUCCUCCCUCUCCACACAGCUGAAGGAUAAUUACUAGCAAUAUUGCAGCUCUCGCGGCUCACGCUGCAGGAGGGCGGGUGGGUUGGUUAAGGGGGUGUUUACGAAACACAUGGUAUAGCACAAGUACAGCUAUUAAAAAAAAAAAAAAAAAAUUAAAAUCUAAUUGUAGUGCAAUCUUUUAACUUUUCUGCCAAAUGCUGAGGGAGAAUUUACGGAAGCGAGUCUGGAAAAUCAGGGAAGAAGGAAAAGCUUCUCAGAGGGGGGGGGCUGCUCUGCCGGGCGGGGCCUGUGUGCAAAACAAGCGCACCCUCCCCUUAAAGGUCCACACCGGCCUUUCUGAAGGUUUGGAUCAUAACCGAUAUGUGAUGAGAGGACCGGCACACAGCAUGAUGACGUUUUAGCAUUCAGUGUAUUUGAUAAUCAAGGAGAGGAAGCGAGCUCUCCAGGUGACGUAAAGGAAUAUUCCAACGUUUUGGGUAAAAUCCCUUCUUUUCUGACUUCUUCAGCCUGAGACCAGAUGUUGGACACCAUUCUCACAUCUGUACGUCCAGAGGUUCAGUUCCCGUGGGUAGCAUUUAGUGUUAGCUUAGCAUAAAGACUUGAAAUCUAUGGGAGUCGUUAGCCUGGCUCCGUCUUAUUUACACAGAGUGCAGAGCACUGGACGCACAGAGGUGAAAAUGGUAUCGAAUAAAGGGAUUUUUUGCCCAAAACGUUGGAAUAUUCCUUUAAUUGUUUAAAUUUGGCAGGUGUGUCGUAAAAUUCAACACAACAUGCGGUUUGUGAGGUUAUUUGCAGUGGCUUCUUCUCGCCAAAUCAAAGUAAAACUUGUUUUGUUGAAGUACAAAGCCGCCCUGGGGUCACAUGGUCGGAAAAAAAAAAACAUUAAUCUAUGUUUCAAUCUGUGUUUCCAGGUCAGAAAAUCUUUGAAUUCUUAAUCUGUAUUCUGGAGUUAUGAUUCCUUGUCCUUGUAUUUGUAAACUGUAUCCUCAGAUUUGCAAUCCGUGGACCUCGUCGGACCUCGUUGUGUGUUUGGUUUUCAAAUUAAAAGCGCCAUGCACAAGGCAAGUCAGUGGCCCAUGCCCAUUCAAAAUACUAACAUUAGAAAUGUCUUUAAUUACAUAAGUUGGUGUCAUAAGUGGAGUUUGUCACGGUCUAAAUGCUGUUAGAGGUCUGUUGUUUUUGCAGAAAGUCACUGAAAACAUGAUUUGCAAUCCCAGGGACACAAAUUAUGAUUUGGAGGGCGCAGUUUAAUAAUUCCUGGGUCAUUUUUUUGAAACUGAGGCACAGAUUUCAAACCUGAAAGCGCAGAUUGACGCAUGAAUUCAUUUUUUUCCACCAGCUCUAGAACUAAAACGUUAAUGAGAGAAACUCGAGGUGUUUCAUAACGAGCUUCAGUGAUGCUGACUGAUUUGGAUCUUGUUGUGAAGAAGCUGUUCAGGGGAUCCUUUUAAAAUACAUUAUGAAGAUUUAAGGUCGGAAAAAGCAUUUAAAAAAAAAUGUUUAAAAUGCAGUUUUUAGAGGACUUACUUGUUCGCCGUGCAGUGACAGGUUUCUUUGCUGUCCUUGUUCAUUUUUAGAUCAGCGCAGAAAACAGGGUCAACAGUGCAGCCUGGACAAAUAAACCUCCUGCGUUCCUUUAUCUGCUUUCCAUUUUUAGUUUUCAGAGCUUCCAUCAGCUGUUUCUGAUCACAGAUAGUGUUUUGUGCCAGUGUUGCUUUUUUGAAUUAUUAUUUUGUUCUUUAAAGCAGUCUUAAAAUAAACUCCAGGUGGUAUUAAUAAGGUUGUAAGAAUUAAUUUGGGCAGACACAGAAUAAAAACAAGCACUGCACUGGAUUUGGGCUCAUUAAAGGUCUGUUUCCAUAUAUUUUGGGUAAGACAAUGCUAGUGGCCUGUAGCUUUGGUGCAAAACGGUCAUGCAGUUUUGAUUUUGGCGCCGAUCCUCUCGUCACGUUUCGGGUCCUGAGGCCUCAGAGCGGCUCCUCCCUCUGAGGCGAUCCAUUUGGUCAAACUGUGAUAGAAGACGCCACCCGCCCAAGGUGACACCGGUUUGGGGAAAACAAGCGCCGCCGCCAGCCUCGGUGGACUUUGAGCGCCAACACUCAUUCGUUCAUCCAACCUCCACAUCGCAGCAUCGAACAAUAAAGCGAGCGAGCUUAAUGCCAUUCAUGUGUACGUUUUCUUUUUAUCAUUAUUAUUAUUAUUAUUAUUAUUAUUAUUUGUUGUUUUUUUAUUAAUUUUUCGAGUCAUUCAUAACUUAAAGCCUAACAUUUCAGCCAGUGACUGUGUGCUGUGGUAAUGGUCUUAUAUAAACGCUUCCACACUUAACCGCACCGGGGCCGCGCUCGCCCAAGAAGCCCAUCCUGGUCCGGGGUCAAAGGUCACAUCCACGAAUUCACACGACCGCUCACAAUCUUUGGCGGCGACGCGAGCGCGGCCCCGUGAUUAUAAAUACAUAAGUUUAAGAGAAUUGCAACAGUAAUAUAUAUUAUCUAUCUCUUUUCAGUAUAGGUUUGGCUAAUCCUCAGUAUGAGCUGAAUGGACUGUAGUGUUUUUUAUAACGUGGUUUUCUUUUUCAAACGUGCUGCAGUGAGUUGUUCACUUGAUUUCUUCUCAUUUUAGACGAGCGGAUUUUUUCCUACACUCGAGGCCAGGAGUGAGUUAACCAGAUAAAACGAUUUCAAGUCAGUUGCCGAAGGAUCUUUCCUGUUUAAAGUAGAAUUAAUCAAAAAUAAAAAUGGGAGUCAUCCUUUAAUGUUGCAUUUACACAUUUUUUUAGCACUUAAAGUCAGUUUCUGUUUCUGUUUCUGUUUGAGAGCAACAGUGUUUUUUUUUUUUUUUUUUUUUUUUAUUGAAGGUCGUUCUGAAGCCCAUUUUAUCGGUGCUGUGACUUAGCAGCAAAGCAUUGUGGGACGUGUAGUGCUACACGGCGCUGCAGCUUUGCGUGGCCUCGGCUCUUCGGAAACUACAAGCUGUUUGUUGUAGCAUUUUGACAACCGGACACAGUUGCCUACUUUGAUUUUUAACGGUACUCACUGAUAUUUCUUUCGAUUUUAAGACUUUUUUGAUGUUUUUUUGUUGUUUUUUUUUUAUGUGUCUCUUUGUGUUCACCUGGUGACUGUAGAGCGUUUGAUCUCCUUGUGAUGAUGACCUGGGCACAACGUGCACUUGAGAUGGUGUCCGAUGUGGGAAAUGCAGUUCAGUGUAUUUAUUACAUUGUCCGGUCCAUUCUUUAAAACUCUUGACCACAUUUGAAAACCUUGCCGAGCACCCAGCAAGAUUUAGCUUGCCAAGUGCUUGAGUUGCACUUGAUUAUCAAAAAACUGAAAUAACUUCUAGGGGCUUUCACACCGGUAGUUCCUUUGCUUUGGUCAAGUCAGUUGUGAAGUUGCUGUUCGCUGGUCCGGUUAACAGCCCUGUAUAACCUGAACCAAAACGUCCCUGUAGGUCCUCAGUCAAUGGACUCUGUUUUUAGAUUCUUGGAGACAUUUCACUUCUCAUCCAAGAAGCAAGAAGCUUCUUCAGUUCUGACAGACUGGUGGGGAGUCCCGGUUUCCCUCCUGGAGGCAGGUGAGUCCACCAACACCAAGAGAGGUCGUCACAACAGGGAGGAGCAACAACGAUCUGGUGGUUUCAAGGACCUGGAGAGCGACCCCACAGGUUAUAUAGCUGGGACUCCUCACCAGUCUGUCAGAACUGAGGAAGCUUCUUGGAUGAGAAAGGGAACGUCCUCAAGAGUUUAAACACAGUCCAGUUUAAUUUGACUCGACUUUGUGUGGAUAACAAACCAAAUUUGUGACCCACAGUCCAACAGGUCACUGAUCUAUCUAUACAUUUUUACAAGGGGAAAGUCCAGUCAGACAGCGCUGUAUUGCCAUAUUUGCAACAGUCCCAAAAAUCAAAGCCCUACCUGGACAAAACAUGCUCUCGUCCAAAAAGACUCUUUAAAACCCUAAGACUUGACUCAUCAAUUUUCCCACUGGAAAAAAAAAUGGUCUGGUUUUGCCAAGUGCAGCUGAAUUGACAGGACAGACGCACCGAAUGCCUCAUGAACAAGCAGCUGUUUUGUGACUAAAAGACAUACAGGCUUCCCCUGCGUUUGCUUGACGCAAAGCCUUUGCUGCGUUUGGCUUUUUCUCUGAAUCUGAUGAAGGCCUUCAGGGCCAAAACGUCACGAUCCAACAAGUAGAGUUUAUUUCUGUACAGAACGAGUGUCAUGCUUCACUCAACUUUCCUGUUGAUAAUGUUUUGAAGGCAGCACCUUGACUGACCUUGACCUUGUCUGAGCUCAUCCAAAGCCACGUACUCAGAGCAUACCCAGCAGGAUUCGAGUUGAGAGAUACUAACGCUAAUUGCAACAACAACAGAGCAAAACUGGAAUACCUGAUCAACAACAUAAGGACAUAAACCUUGGAAUCAUUAACCCUCCUGUUCCCAUCAAAUUUACUAACAUUUUUUAAUCAGUUAGGGCCAGUUUGAUCCCAGUAAACUAAACCUCCAGAAAAUCUUAAAAAAAAAUUGUUGCCCAAGUUUCUGUGUCAGGUACUUUUCCCAAAGAUAACAGGAGGGUGAAGGUUUAUUGUAUAAGAACCCUAACAACAUUCGUCUUUGACUCAUUCUGGCACAACAAGCAGCUCUUUUACUUACUUUGUGGUUUGUUCGAAAGGGCUCUUGCACAGUUUGCAAAAGAUAUGAGCUCUAGUCUGUCUAGCAGAUCAUGGUUUCACUGAUAAAGAACCAUUUUGUUGUUCACUUGGAACCAGACCGACUUUCAAAUUGUCAGACGUACCACGGUUCAAAUAAGUGUGUCAGCCUCUCCAAAUGAACCAAGUUAACGCAGCAAAUACCGUGGGUCAGUUAAAACAGACCAAACAAGGGUCGAUGUGAAAGCCCCCUUAGAAAUGAAAACAAGAAGAUGAAACCGAGCAGAAGGCAACGAUCUGCGAAACGUCCGUGAGACGAUCUCGACUGCAUCGUUGUCGCACAGGUUCAUCAGCGUUAAGGCAUUUAUUGUACGGGUUUUUUUCUUUAAAGCAGAAAAACACAGAGAUCUUGAACGAGUCGCGGGUUCGGAAGUAGUUAUUUUACCGUUCCUUGUAUAUAAAUACCACGAGAUUUAGUUGAGGGAAGAGAUCGCUCAGUAGCUGCACUCUGUCGGAGAACGAAACUUCAACCGGACAAAGGAAAAGCUGAUGGAUCGGUUCUGCAUCUUUCUCCCGGAUGGUUUGGGUUUGGGAAAUGCUCCAAGAGCUGCAUCUCAAGGACAUUUUUACUGAAGCAAAAAGUACAUAAGAACAGCUGGAAUGUGUAUUUGUCGCUGACCUGGGUCGAAAUAUGCCGGAAAAAGUCUUUCAAGCAGCAAGAAUUAAGUAAGGAAGGUGAGAUGGGUGAGGUUUUACACCUCAGAUACCUGGGGAAAAAACUCAAACAUGAUAGAUUCUGGAUGAAAAGAAAAGAAAAAGAAGUCGACCCGGGUCAGUAUUGUCUAUCUUAUGGUUUUGUUGUCAUGCAAGAGCCAUAGAUAUACAGAGUCCUGCAACCAGUCCUGAAUUAUUAUUUUUGGGAUCCGAGCAGUUCACGACCGUUCAGCGCAUCCCAGAAUGUAACCGCUGAUCCGAGGUUAAAGACGCCAAACAUUUCGCGACCGGGAAACCCCGACGCAUCCUAACUUUGUCGGCCACGCUGGUCCUUUGAAGCUUUCCGGAUGGGGAGUGCGUUAUCUGCAGUCAAAACGUCUGUGGAUGCCAAAAAAAAACAAACAAACAAACAAAAAAAAAAAUAACACAAAAACAAAUCAAGCGAACCUUGUGUAUCUAUGGCUACUGGCUUGUAUGAAGUAACUGUGUGUUUAAAAAAUGUGAAAAAUGAAACAUGUUGUAUAGACUUUUGGUAAGGCAGCCUGUAAAGUAAAAAAGAAAAAAAUACAUUUGGGGUAAUAUAACCUAGACGAUGAAACAAAGUAAAACUGUGUAUUGCACACUAAAACCAACUGUAAGCGAGUAUGCAUGUAACUAUAGACAAUAAACAGCCAACAAAACGCUA